GGUAAUGAAUGAGGAAAAACAAAUAUGAUAUGACCAGUAGCAACUUAGAAUGUAAUCUGGAUGCAAUUAAGGUGGUUUUGUUUCAGUGAAAGGUGGUGACUGAAGUCCCAUGAUUUGUAAUUCUGAGGAAUGUGAAAGUCUCUGUAGGAUCAGGUGGAUUAUUGUCCUUGAGGAUCAACAGUAUUUGGGUGAAGCCAAAGUCCUUGUUAGAAAUGAGGAGAUUGUCUCGAUAAAUUACGAUCACAUUAAAGUUCUAAUGUACAAGCAGACAGUCCACGACUCGGAUGAUAUUUCAUCCGAUGCUUUCAUUGUCCCAUUAAUAAAAGCCAGACUUAGAUCUUCUUUAGAUCCUUUCCAUGUUGCAACGUUUAAGAGCCAGAUCCUCUCGUAAAAAAUGAUUUGUGUAAUGACUGGUAAUGUAUUUAGUGUCCAGCAGAGGGUCUGCUGUGUGGCUCUUGACAUUGUGCCGUAUCGUAAUACAGGUCCUAAUGACGAGGAUGACCCUAACCGCACAAACCACCGCUUAAAAUCAUGUCUGUUUGUCAUGUCAGUUUAAAGGAAAGAGAAGGAGAAAGUGUCGAGAGUGGGAUAGGUUGUCAUCUGUGGAUUUCUCAGAGUGCAUUGACACAGCACUGGUGAGGGGUGGGUGAUCUGUUUGUGCAAACUGCUGCUGAUUGACUACUGCAGGGUUACAGGGCAUCAUCAGUAAAAGAGUCAUUGGGAAAUGGUGUCAAACAGUUAAUAGCGCAAUAGAAGGAGAGAGAAGGUAACAAGUCUUUACCACAGCAUAUGUUGUUGUGUACAAUAACAAAAUGACUGGGCCAGGGUUGAAAUAUUUUGGUGAUCCUGCAGAUAUUCAUUUCUUUUUUGCUGGAGCAAACACAAACCAAUUUCCUGUUUAAAAAAAGCACAAGGAAACUUUAGUCUGCAGCGCCUGUGUGGCAUAAACACAACUUCCGCCCUCUGCAUUUUACAAGUUUUCUAGUAUGUAGUGCUCUGUCUAAUAUCCCUUUACACGAAAAGUAAACAGCACGUGUCAUAUGCAGUCGUGCUGACAGCAACGCCUCCCCUGUUCCUACCGAGCAGGAUGAGCGAGAGAACACCAGAACACAGCAGAACAGCAAGCCUCUUGUCAACCUGCUUGUCUGUUUGUGUGUAGGUGUGUUUACUGCUUUUUAAUCCAAGCACAGAACGCAUCAAUAUUCAUACUGACUGGGGAUGGGCUGGUUUGAGGAAACGGGUCUUUCGUGGACCACUCACUGCAGAAUUCCGUAGCUCAUCCGUGUGCUUUUGUAUGCAGAUGUGUUAUUGAUUUCAUUUGUCUCCAUGCACCUCCUUGCUGAUGGUUUACUUUUCCCAUCAAUAAACAGGAUUGUUUCACUUAAGAGGGUAGAGGGAAAACUAAUGGCUCGUAAUGGAUGGUAAUGGAUUGUGUUUUAAGACAGCUGUGCAUCUGUGAGAAAACUGCCCUGUCACCCCCCUGAACACACGUGUGCUGUCAUACAUGUUUUUCUACAGUUGGUUUCGACGCUCGUUGAUAUCAUGCACAGGUCUUCAACCUUUUUUUUUUUUUCCACCACUGACAGUUUUCCUGUGAGACAGUAUUCUCAACAGUAAUCAGUAGUAAUCAAAUUAUAUUUUCCUCUGUAACCAGGUUCAAAAUGGUCGAUGGCCUUGGCGGCUCACGACCUCUGACCUAAUGCAUUUUACAUAGUUCUUUACUUGUCACUGCCACACACCAACCUCAUGUGUAACCAUUGAGGUUUCACAAAUGCAGAUGAACAGACAGUGGUCUGUUUGGUUGUGCAUCAUAAACUGCAUGAAAAAAAAUUGCUACGGGGACAAAGCAGUCAGAGAACUUCAGUUAACAGCAUUCAUUUUGUUUACUUAUUUGUAUUUUGUUGGUCAGGAGAAUUUUGCUUCCACUUUUAAAAUGUUUUUAUGUUACGUGUACAAACAAACAUACAUUUACCGUAUAUGUUUUGGUAGAUAAAUGUGUGAGUAAUGAUAGCACUGACCUAGUAAUCAUCUGUGGUCACGUGCGUCGAACAUCGUCAUAUGUUUACGAUCAAUUACGGUAAAGUCAUGUUAUCUCGUUUAACACAUUUUUAUCACCGGGCUUUAUUGAACGGUUGCUCUUAGCCCCCUGAACAUGUAGGCAAUGUGCUGAGUCAUGGCUGGGAUUCCUGUCCCCGCCGCGCCGUCCAGUCAGCUCUAGUAAUCUGUCAGUCACAAAAACACAGACACGCCGUCAGAGAAAUAAGUUAUUUUUAAUUCUGCUUCACAUGAUGGCAGUUUUCUGUAUCGUUUCUCUACUUCAUGUGCGUAUCAGCACCAGUUGGUUUGCUCUUAAUAAAUAAAGCUGUUUACAGACCUUAAGCUAUGAACAUAGUUUACAACCUUGGCCCAAUUAGAAAACCACCAAAACAAGUUUUCAUUGGGUGGUUAUUUUAGGGAAACUUGUACUAUGUAGGAUUGAACUUAAUUAAAAAAGCUCAAUGAUUUGUGUUUAUACUGUAUAUUAAGUAUUAUAUCCAAAAUAUUUCAUUUACUGUAGGGAAUUAGCCAUGUGUACUCAGUGCUAGCUUCUAUCAUAACACAGGCACUACAGAGACACGGUGCACAGAGAUUUAAAAUAUAAUCCAAUAAUUGUUUAUAAAAGUUAAAAUCACCUGUUUUUUUUUUAAAGGGGAAAUUAUGUUUAAUUAUUGUUAUUGGCGUCUAAUAACAAAACCAAUGGUUUGAGUCCUUUUAAUGCCAGUCCAUAUUUGGAGUUUUCGGCCCCUAAAUGCAGAGCUGGGAAUAGCUAAAGGAACAGAAGUAGCUUAUCAUAAACAUGAAAAUAAUGUAAAAUGUGUGCACUUUGUUUUGAAGACUGGAGUCUGAUCAUUUCAUCUCGUUUAACUUAGCUGUAAUGUCAUGGGAGAUCUGGUAAAGGAGCAUGUUUUCCCAUUGUGUUCAUUAUUUAGCCUGGAGGUCAAGCAUUAGUGCAGUCACGUAAUUUAAAAUUAAUAAAAAAAACCCUGAAUGUUAUGUUUAUAAAACGAUAAUUUUUCAUCUAUUUUAUUUCACAUCAGUUAAGUAAAAUCUUUAUUUUUGCCUAGCAGGCAUCAGCUCUGUUAGUAGUCCUUGUAUGCCCCCUGCUGGCUGGCUGUGAAGAUGCAUCAUACGCCAUAAUUUAAGUGGUGCAUAUUUAAACACAAAAACAUUUCUAAUAAGAGACUUAUUAGAAAAAAAUAAAAAGUGAAAUAUUGAAUUCUAAAAAAAAUCAUCUAUUAAGUAGUUGAGGCGCAAUUUAUCAAUCACCUUAUCAAUCCAGUCCUAUAUAUUGUGUAUAUAUUGCCAGAGGCAUUAUCUUCACCUAAAAUGUAACAAAUAAAAGCAUCACACUAAUAUCAGCGUCUAAGGUCUAAACAGAGCUUAAGAAAAGUUCAUUCAUUAAGCAGUAACGGCGCAGUUUUUCUUUUUUUCUUUUUGUUGAGCACUAGAUGGCAGUGUGUGACAAUGGAACUGUGUCAGUCUUUAACCAGUGGAAAAUUCUUCAUGCAUCUCCUGCCACUCAAGCACUCUAUAAAUUUGUACAGAUUAAAUUUGAAUAAAAGGAAAACAUUACGUACAAACAAGUCGAAUUGAUCUGUGCUAGCUGGUGAUUUAUUCAGACACUCGUUUUUGAUUUUUGUCCACUGUUGAAACAUGAUUAUCGUCUGUAGCGGUCACCCAUGGAUGAAAACUGCUGCAGUCCUUCACGUAGAAUUGAUUUGGAGGAGUCAUAAGUUAUUGUUUGUGAACAUGUUUGCCUUAUUAAUAUUUUCACUGUUGUAUAUAAUUAGUUUGUGGAGUAUUAAUAACCUAAAAGAAAUGCAUUUUUCUUAGGUAUUUAAUUAUUGAUGUUUUUUUCUGUUUUCUUUCUUUUCAUGUUCUUUUCAUGCCCUUGUGCUGCCUGGUGGUCGUACAGCUCAUCAGGGGCCAGCGUUGUCGCCAUCGACAACAAGAUCGAACAAGCAAUGGACUUGGUGAAGAGCCACCUGAUGUACGCAGUGCGAGAGGAGGUGGAGGUCUUGAAGGAGCAGAUUAAGGAGCUGAUUGAGCGCAACUCUCAGCUGGAGCAGGAGAACACCCUGCUGAAGACGCUGGCCAGCCCAGAACAGAUGGCCCAGUUCCAGGCCCAAGUGCAAACGGGCUCCCCGCCCGCCGCUCCCACAUCUGCCAUGCCAGUGCCCACCAACACCACCACCGCCGCCGCCGCCACCCUGGUGCAGCCCUCCACACACAGCUCCGGCCCUUCAGCAUAGCUUGGUCUGCAAACACACACACACAUGCACUCACACAUACACACACACACACACACACACAGACUCACUGGCAGUUUUUGAGCUCUGCUCCGGCAGCAGCAGGGCAGCACCUUGUCUCCUCCGGCACAAGGUUGGGCUGUUAUGACAAAGAUUUGCACAUAUUUAUCUCUCAGAGGGUUGCAGCUAGAGGGAGGAGAGGUGAUGACGACAGUCUUAAGAUGCUGUUGGAGAAGGAUCAGUGUCACAAGAAGAUGAAUCAUUGAACAUUUGCCAAAAAAAAAAAAAAAUUCUUGGACAUACAACAUUAUGUCUUACCAAGAGACCAGUUCAUCAGUGGCAUCAUUAUAGUAAACAAAAUUAAAAAAAAAAAAAUCACUGUGCCUGUGUCAGGAUUA